AUGGAAACGACCGAUUCUGCAUCACAACAAAGGAGAUACCUGGUGAUGGAAACCGGCGCCACCGGAUGUUGUGAUGCAGAAUCGGCCGUGCCUUCUCUACCAGCUGUGGUCGCCGGAUGUAAACAAAAACAUCCGGUGUCAAUGAAAACAUCUGGUGUGUACAUGCGAGGUCAACAUCCGGCGUCCACAUCCGUUGACAAAAUCCGGCGACAACAGCCGGUGCGUCGGCAAGGCCGCGGAAGUGCGAAGGUCGCCGCCGCCAGCUGCUGGGGAGGCCAUGACGUCACGUCUCCAGCCUGCCUGCCUGCCUACCCUGUUGCGAACGAACAGACAAAAACGACUUACUGGAGACGUUUGAUGGGUGCGGAUGUGGCAUCCAUCGAUUUAACUGGGCUGCUGGAUGACGACGAAGAUGAUGCAUUUGAUGCAUACAGAUUAGCACUGGUAUCUUCGCAGUUCGCCAUCGGAGGAGGUGAAACAACACCAUCGCCAGGAACGACAACAAUUUGCAUAAGUGAAUCCACAGCGCCGCGACUGAAGCACCAACGAUUUCGCUUUCGAUUCCACAGAGCCUUCGUGUAUCUUCGCACGCAGUAUCUUCGCACGCUAUCACAGCAGAAAGACGCUGAUGUGGUUUCCGGACCUCAUUUCCGUUCUCAUUCCAGCGGCGGUGAGAGAACGCUCUACAUCGGCUGUUCUAAAAUGAAAAUAGACGACGGCGGGUACAUUGUCGUUGGUAAAGAUAAUUACGAAGCGCGCCCCGGCCUCCUCGAAUUAAUUUUCAAAAAAGAACCGAAUCUCACAGUUGUGCAAGAGAGAGACUGGAAUGAUUAUAAGAAAAUUCUCCGACACUCAUACGCCCACAGAGAAGGAUAUAAUAGGAACGGUGAAAUACGAAUCGAUAACCUGUGGAACCAUAAUCAUGUAUUUGCUUCACUAUUUCCCCCUCCUCCUUCUCCUGCUCCUCCUGCCUUAAGAGCAAACACGGCGAUGCAGCGAAGAGCGACAACACGUCAUCGGAAAAAAGCCGGAAAAGGUCUUCGCUUCGUGACCCCUCCUGACUAUGAAUACUUACCGACUCUUACUCGCGUCGAAGGAAGCCGGAAACAAUGGACACGAUGGGGAAAUAAUAGAAAUAGAGAACGAACUGCGUGA